GGUAACUUUCUUACGAUACUCUUCCGCUGGACGACCUAGUGCUCGCAGUGCGCCCGCAUUUUUGAGGAUUUCAGAUACAGUACUCAAAGCUGAGCUCCGUUACUAGACAUCCCCAUCGUUUUAUCCACUGGAAGACAACAAAGCUGUAUUUUUACACUGUAAAAAUACCCAGUUUCUCUAAGGCGUUUGAAAUCGGACACCGCUGGCAUUGAGGCCCUCACUUUUGUGCGGAGGGAUACGGUGUUGCGUCUGACAAUGUGGACGGAGGUGGUGAAGAUGUCUACGAGAAGAAUGAAAUCAUCUCAGUUGUAACAACAAAAAGGAGGACGCCAGAUUAGUUACUAUAAUAGAUUUGUUUGCACACAGACUUGUUACAUUGAAGCAAACACGUGGGCGCUGUGUGAUAACAGGCUUACCGGGACAAAGGGAAGACAUCUACGGUCCUCCAAUGCGUUUCAUGCACUGAGGUCGAAAUUCUCUUGAAGUUUUAUGUUUUUCCCCUUGCGAGUCUCCGCUUUUCUUUUUACUGUUGGAUAUCAGACACUUGGAGAGGAGAGGGAUUAUUAGAGACUGAAGGGUAUGAACGAACAGCAGCAAAGAAUGGCUGCAGUGGGAACUGACAAGGAACUGAGCGACCUCCUGGAUUUCAGUGCGAUGUUCGCGCCUCCAGUAGCCAAUGGGAAGAACAGGACAAUGACACUUGCCAGCAGUCAGUUCGGUGGCUCAGCAAUAGAUGACCGCAGCGGCUCUGGGUCUUGGGGCUCAGCUGAACAGAACAGCCCCUCUUUCAGCCAAGGACGGGGCUAUGCCGAGGGAUCCCACUACAGUGAGCAUGAGGGCUUGUCCUCUCCGUUCAUCAGUUCAGGAGUUGCAGGUAAAAAUGAGAGGCCACCAUACACUCCCUUUGGAAGCCAGCCUGGUUUCCUUCCGAGUGACAUAGCGAUGCCCAGCCCAGAUGCUAUGUCCCCCUCUGGCCUGAAAUCUGGCUCCCAAUUUUACCCCUCAUACCCCAACAACCCCAGGAGAAGACCGCCUGAUGGAGGAAUAGACACCCAGCCAAAGAAGAUUCGGAAACCCCCUGGCCUGCCGUCCUCGGUGUAUGCCUCCACAUCUGGUGAUGAGUAUGCCCGAGACAAUGGAGGAUAUCCCGGUGCUAAGCCUGGAGCUGUCUACCCUGGCUCUUUCUAUAUGCAAGAAGACCCCUGGUCAUCUUCUGGCUACUCUGCCAUGCUGGGUAAUUCUCCUCACAUUGGACAGCCAGGGUCCUUCUCUGCAAUUAACCCACAGGACAGAAUGAACUAUCCUCUGCACGGCAGCGAAGUCAAUGGCUUCCACUCAGCUCCCACCACUUACAACCACACACCCACCAUCAAUGGAGAUGCCAUCAUGGCCAACCGAGGUACCACAGCUGGCAGUUCGGGAGAUGAAAUUGGGAAGGCUCUUGCCUCAAUUUACCCGUCGGACCACAACAGUAAUAACUUCUCCUCAGCUCCAUCUACUCCUGGAUCUCCUCAGGCUAUUGCAGGUACAGUUCAAUUCUCAUAUGCAGUUAAAUGUUAUGUAGAGGUAAUAAUCUCAGACUAAUGUCAGACUAAUCUUACACCCCAGUAUGAAGAAAUCUGCAUUUCAUAAACACUUUAUUCAUUCUC